AAUCAAUAGAAAUUCCACAAAAAAUGAAAGCGAUAGACAUGUCUUCCACGGAAUAUCACAAGGGAAACCGAGCCAAGAAGCCUGUCAAACCAACGCCACUUUUUCCGAACACGACGACGCUCACAUGUUCCUUCUUCCGGUAUCUCGGUCCUUAGCAACCCAAGUUCUCAAACCUGUUGCAUUACGACAGUUCUAUUCCCUCGGAAAGAUGCUGUGGCCGAGAGAAGGAGGUAAAUUUAUCAGCGAGAGGGCGAAGGACGUCCAGGUGAUUCCCGAAGGAGUUGAAAAGGUGGCGGCGAUGCUGUCAGAGUCGGUGAAGGAAGGCAAGAUGAAUCUAAAGGAGUUCUUACAGAAUGAUAUACUUCCUGUUGACAAAGGCCUGACAGAGGAGCAGCUACUGAAUUGGACAUUCUUGGUUGACACUCUGAACUUCAAUUUCUGGACCCCUGAUGGAGAGCCAAAAUAUACUGUCAAAGACAAAGGAAGGAAGCGAACAGGAUAUAUGGCUAUGGUUGCUGCUAUUAACCGUGCAAUCGAUGAGGGCAAGAAGAUUUAUGACCCAAAUUAUUACUCCAAAUUGACCAUUGAUGACAUAAAGCAUAUAUUUCGUUCUGAGACUGAAUCUACGAUGCCACUGUUUAAUGAACGAGUUCGGGUACUCGGUGAAGUGGGCAAGAAGCUGAUAGAGGAAUAUGAUGGAACUUUUUUGAAUGUUCUGAAAAAGGCAGACUGCAGUGCCUUGAAACUGGUGGACAUUGUAACCAGUGAAUUUGAGUGCUUUAGAGAUGUUGCAAAGUAUGAGGGGCAGGAAGUGGCCAUGUUCAAGAGAGCACAGAUUUUGGCGAGUGACAUCUGGGUCCUCUUUAGGGGCCAGGGCCUAGGAGCAUUCACAGACAUUGACAAGCUAACAAUAUUUGCAGACUAUAGAGUCCCUCAGGCCAUGGCACAUUUUGGAGUGCUGAAGUACUCCCCUUCCCUGGAGGAGAAGCUGAAGAAGCAGCACGUCUUUCAGAGUGGAGAGCGGGAAGAGGUUGAGAUCCGGGGCUGUUCCAUCCAUGCUGCAGAGUUGAUUGUUGAGAGGAUAAAAGAUCUCUUGUCACAAUCAGGUUGCUCUGCAUCCAUUAAUAGUGCUAAGGUUGAUUUCUUCCUCUGGGACUAUCGGCUGAUGAAUGCAGCUGCACUGGAGAGCGUGCCUUACCACAGGGUCAGGUGUAUUUAUUAUUAAAAUCCUUUUUGAAGGGGGUUUACUGAAUGGUGUGAUUAGCACAAUUGUAAUCAGAGUACAACUUGCAGCCACCAAUUUGGAUAUUUUUACUUUCAUGAUACCAUUCAAGGGUUCCCACAUUCAACUAGCCAAACUAGUAAAAACAUUGUUGGGAGUUAUUCUUUACAUGAGGGAGUAUAAGGUAUAUAAAAUAUUUUUAUAUCUCCAAUAGCAAAUCUACUGUUAAGUUUGAAGAUAAAAUAAGAUUGCGGGCAGAGUUAUAUUGUUGUCCACAUGUUGGUGCCUGGGGUAGUCAAAGCCAUAGCAAUAAGUAAAAUGUAAUGCAUGUGAAAUGGUCAUACUGGAUUGCCUGCAUACAUAGGUGGUAACCAUACCAAUAGGCAAAUUGCUUCAUGUGCCAGAGCAGUACAUUCCUCUUAUAAUGACUAAAUAGCUUAGACGUACUAUAACUAUCAUAGAUGUCUUAAAAAUUCAGUAUAGAGCAUUGGAGCAGGACCAUACAAUAUAGGAAGUUACAGAGGGAGACUGAUGGCCUAGGAAUACUUUACUGAUGUUUUUAUCAAAGUGAUCAAAUGGCUGUAUGCAAAAGUUGUUGGUUGUUGUUGUGUUUACAUAUCCCUCUGCAUUGAAAUUUCUUUUUUAAGAAAGAUAUGCUAGCGCAGAUGAAGAAAAAUCCCACCAACAGGCAUACGACAUUUGUGGGUAAAGUUAUAUGAGUAUCAGUCAGCUGAAAUGGAUAUGCUAUUGACUGCCCCAUCUUUGUUGGGAAUUGUCCAGUUUCAUGGUCUCUAUAAAUAGGAAAAGAAUUAUUGUAUGAGUAACAUUAGACUACUGAAUAUAAGUGUCUUACACUUAAUACAGUAUUUAGUUUUUAAUGGGUAUAUCAAUAUUACCAUUCAGUAUAAAGUGUACUGGAAAGGAUACAGGUAUUUUUUUUUUAUUAUUUAAGAAAAAAACAUUUUUGUAUUCUUGUACUUUGUUUUGGUUGCUAUGUAACUCUAAAAUCACUUUAUAUGAGAUGAUAGGAACGAAAGACCUAGGAAGCUACUUCCUAUAUACCGCCAGGAAUCAGAUAUUGGUGAAACUGUCGUUGGUCUUGUAUAGUUCUUGCACUACAACUUUGGUAAAAUCUUUGGUAAAAUUUGGAAAAUGUAUUUGUGUUUUGCUUGGAAGGAAUGGAGUUUACAAUUUCUUAUGUUUCUAGUGUAUAAGAAAAAUGUAAAGAAAAAUUAUCUUUUAUCUUUUAUUGUAAUUUAACAAGAAAACAAAGUGAAUGCAAGGAAUGUGAAGACUCAUACUCUUCAAGCUGUAAUUUGUGGAUAUGCAUAUCACAAUUUGAAAGCUAUUUUGAAUAAAUAGGAAUUUCUUGGCAGGA